UCCAGGUCUCCGCCUCCUCACCUUCCAACUUGGAACUUACUCAACAUCAUCCACAAACCAGAGAGCUGGCCUCUUGACAGAAACUCUCAACGCUCGUUUAUUUCCUCUUCCGUUUUUAUCCGGUCCUUGGUGACCCUACACCCACAGCCAUGAAGCUGUCCAGUUCCGCUCAUUAUUCGCUCCUCUUCUGGGCCGCCAUCUCGGGUCUCGCCAACGCUGCCUCGGAUCAUAACUCUCACCUCAACGAUGACGCCCCUUGUGUAGCUCGCUCACCAACGAGCGGCCUCUACUUUGAUCUCAAUGCGAUCUCGCUAUCGCCACCGCAAAUGAAGAACGGCAAGAAGGUCGAGAAGGAUGCGAGGGAAGAAAGCUGGCACGCCAAAGGGCACGACUACCCCGCGAAUUUCACCGUGAACGUCUGCGCGCCGGUCAUUGAAGAUAUCGAGGAUGUCGUUGGGGUAGAGUCUUCGCGGUGGAAGAAUGUCAGCGCAUAUUACGAGCAAGCGGGGAAGAUAUACUCGAUAGGUGAGCAAGCUUCCGAACCCUUCUUUAGGGGUCGCAAGCUUGUCCUCAACUAUACGAAUGGCUCCCCAUGCCCCGGUGAUUGGAACACCGCCAGCAAGAACUCCUCCGCGCGCACCAAAUCCACCAUCAUGUCCUUCCUCUGCGACCGUGAUGCACCGGCAAACACGGCCACAACUUCCUUCGUGGGUACCAUGGAUUCAUGCACAUAUUUCUUCGAGGUUCGCAGCUCGGCUGCAUGUGGAGGAAUCGCAGUGGACCCGAAUGACGGUGGGCUGGGGCCGGGUGGAGUCUUCGGUGUGAUUAUGCUCAUUGCUGUGGCUGCUUACCUAAUUGGUGGCUGCGCGUAUCAACGGACAGUCAUGCACCAGCGCGGUUGGCGCCAGUGCCCUAAUUUCAGCCUAUGGGCUGGCAUGUUCGAUUUUGUCAAGGUAUGUCUCCUGGUGUUGGUGCCAUGUCGGUCUCAAAGGUUCAGGCAUGGCAAUGUAUCUUCGUACAAGUAUGGAGAUUCAAGCUCGUCCGGGUUACCCGUUUCUCGGUUGGAUUGAGAUGGCUCUAGCUGGUCUAGAGUCCAAUUGCAUCAAAAGGGCGCGUGCUUGGUUCUUGGUAUUUGUUUCAUUCAUUCAUUCAUCUUCUUGGGUUGCCUUGCUCUGUGGAUGGUCCCGGGUGUGUCAUUUCCAUGCAGGUGUCGCUGCAGCAUCCUCGCGCGUCCACUACGGCAUGUAUAUCCCUGGUGACUUUCAGAGAAAGACGCCACAAUUUCCACUCUGCGGUGCACUUGUUUGUUCUCUCUCAGUUUAGCCAGUUACGAGUAUUUCAUUGUACCCAGUACUUCAGGAAUCUUGCUUUAUGCCAUUGCCUCGAGAGACUUGACUGUGAUUUUGCUUUAUGGCCGUUCCUGGGAGAGGGCUCAGGCUGACCGUCUCUUCUUUGCCCAACAUCAGGACAUGUUCGUUAUCAUUUUCUCGUCACUUGGGAGGUGCCUUCGCCUCAAAAGAUCCCCUUCGAGCAGCGGAUAUGUCCGCGCUGACGGUGACAGCCGUCGCGGGUUCAUGGGUGCGAUUGGUGGCCGAGGUGGUGGUGGACAAGGCGGGCGACGGGAUGUGGAUGCUGAGAAUCGACUCAUAGAUCAGCUUGAUGAGGAGUGGGAUGACUAGAAGAACUGUAUCUUGAUCUUUACUCGUGAACUCGGCAUGGUACCACUUGCCUUUUCGGGUAUUCGCUCGGUAUAGAAUUAGGUUGCCGCAUUGGAUACAAUCAAUGAUUUAAAUGUUCAAAAUGGU